CGACACACCUUCCGUUUGGAAGUCAACAUGCGGGCUUAUAGAGCUAGCUGACACAGAAAUGAUGCUGGAACAAAUAAUAUAGGGGGGUGCUUGUUGCUGAAUGAAUCACACUUUUUCGAAAAAAUCCUCUGGUAUCUGUCCGUCAUAGCCUUGGAGGUUUACGUGAUAUUGCAGUUGUGAAAGUGAUUAGAAGAAAAGGCAGUGGAGCUAUAGAAAGGGGGUGAUAAUUGGACAAGUUGUUUACAUCUCAAGAAACAAUGCCGAGGAAUUCAGGAAAUUGCUGAGCAUGGAAGGUGGCGAUCGCUCUCCUGUAUCAUUUCGGGAACCCCAGGUGGUGAAUGGAGGAACUAAUUUCUGUGGUGGGGAAGGGGAGAGGAGAAGUAAUAAACCCACAGAGAUGACCUUCAGUGCCAAGAAGCCACCCAGGAAGAAACAGUCUGGGGGUGGGAGGCAGUGUCACAAUAAUAUAUACGGAUUAUUGGAGGACCACAUCAUCAGGGGGUCAGGGAGGGGGAGGAAGGAGUGGUGCCCCAAGGUCAGGGGCGAGUGGGGACAGAGGAGCUCCAGUCUGUCCCCUCACCUGGUCAGGCAGCACAGGACCGUGCGGUCAGCUCCCUCCUCAGCCCCUACCUCGGCCCCCACCUCACCUUUAACAGCACACAGAAGGCAUGGAAGUUUCACCGAUGUAGACGACCGGUCUAGUGACAGUGGUGACCCCUACCUCAAUGACCUUCACGGAAUGUCAAGGCCACGAGCUCCACGGCGACAUACGGUGGGUGGGAACGACCUGAUGAAUGAGGGAGGAAGGGGAGACAAUCAGGACGAGGUUUUGGAUAUUGUAAUCCUUAGUGUGUUUCACGCAAUUAAAGUCAGAGGGAGGAUUGUGAUUCGUAACUGGUGGUGUAAACUGGUGGCCUACAUUCCAUUACAAGUACUGGUACUCGGUUUGAGGACUGCACAUUUCUGA